CUGCGCGCGCGUGCGUCGUAGACGAUCGCUGUGGCGGGGCAGGCGAGGCGGUCGCUUCGAGCGCGCUAGUCAGCUCCCUGAAGGGAGUGACGGCGGUUGGGUGCCCGCGGCCACUUUUGCCUUCCCGGUUCCAUCAGACUAAUGCUCUCCAGGCUGAAAUAAGAGAAUUCUACACGCUCACACUCACAGAUGAGGAAAGGGAGAUGUCCUUUGCUUCUCAGAUGUAAAUGCCCUUUAAGUUUGUUAUUCAACAGUGAAAAUGAGUCAUACAGAGGUUAAAUUAAAAAUACCUUUUGGAAAUAAAUUACUAGAUGCCGUUUGUUUGGUACCUAACAAGAGCUUAACAUACGGAAUAAUUCUUACACAUGGAGCAUCAGGAGAUAUGAAUCUUCCUCAUUUGAUGUCACUGGCAUCCCAUCUUGCAUCCCAUGGGUUUUUCUGCCUGAGAUUUACCUGUAAAGGCCUUAAUAUUGUACAUAGAAUUAAGGCAUAUAAAUCAGUUUUGAAUUACCUAAAGACAUCAGGAGAAUACAAACUUGCAGGUGUUUUUCUUGGAGGUCGUUCAAUGGGCUCAAGAGCAGCUGCUUCUGUAAUGUGUCACAUUGAGCCAGAUGAUGGUGAUGAUUUUGUUCGGGGUCUCAUUUGUAUUUCUUACCCACUGCACCAUCCAAAGCAGCAGCAUAAACUCAGAGAUGAAGACCUCUUUCGUUUAAAAGAGCCUGUACUGUUUGUUUCAGGCUCAGCAGAUGAAAUGUGUGAAAAGAACUUGUUGGAGAAAGUGGCACAGAAAAUGCAAGCUCCCCAUAAAAUCCACUGGAUUGAGAAGGCAAAUCAUUCCAUGGCAGUGAAAGGACGGUCGACAAAUGAUGUUUUCAAAGAAAUAAAUACACAGAUUUUGUUUUGGAUCCAAGAAAUUACUGAAAUGGACAAGAAAUGUCAUUAGUUAAAAGCCAUCUUGAAUACACAUACAGUUAAUUUGAUAAAGAAGAGUAUGCCUCUCAGCAUUGUGAGAUAUAUUUCAGACUAAUUUGAUGUUCUUUAAUGUUCCCUUAUUUUUGAAACACGUUUUAAAUGUGAAAUUAAUGUCCUUCACAAAAUGUCUUUUGAAAGCACUAUUAUAGUUGUAUAAAGAUGAUGUAAAAAUAUUGAAGGUGGUCUACAUAUAAUUUAUUUUCAUUAGUAUAGUUAAGUUUUGAAAAAAAUUAAACAUUCGAAUUUUGUUACAAAGGUGCUUUUGUCUUAUUGAUAUGCAACUGAGAAAUUUUGCAGAGCAGUGUUAUCUUUAGAAAAGGAAAUCAAACCAUUAUGUUUAGUCAGAUUUAUAGAAUGCACACUUCUCUUCACCUUUUAAUAAAUCUCAGUGAAGGGAUAGGAGUGGACGUAUGUUUCAAAUAUGGGGACCCUGGAGACUUUCUAGAAUGAAAUAAAGAUCUUUAAUUCAAGAA